AUUUUGGGUAAUUUUAAAAAACCCCAAUUGAAAAGUCCUUGGUGAAAGGGUGGCGCCAAUGUGAGAGUGAGGAGUGUGGAGUAAGGGCUUUCAUUUAAAAGGUUGCCGCGUAACUGAGAGUGAGAGUGAGAGUGAGAGAGAGUGUGUACUCUUUACUGUGUUUGAUUGGUAAUGGCAGAGAGAUCAGAAUCUUCCAUCAGAGCCACUCACACCGAGCUUUCCAGUGAUCAAUUUAGGGUUUGAUCCUUCCUUUGGAACUCUCUCUUCUUACUGAUCAGAUUCUUGAAAUGGAUGCCAAAGAUGAUAACAGGAAGCGAUUGAAACCAGCUGUGGAAGACCACGGAGCUAUUUUGAUGGCUGAGGCUGAAAUUGAUCAGACUAACGGUGCAUCGCCAGAAAUGGAACUUCAUAUCACUCAAAUUCUUGAAAAAUUGGACAGUUUCACUAACCUGGUGUCUGAACUUCUUGAAUCUGGAAAGACAAUGUUUAAGGAGCUCAGUAAUGAAUUCGAAGAGCGGAUGAUCACGAUCCAUAAAGAACAAACGGAGAAAUGGAUGGACGAGAUCAAAGAACUCAGGUUGCUUGAUGCCUCAAAUGAGGAGGCUCAUGCUCUUCUGCAUAAUGCUCGAUACUUGCUCCAAAAUCCUCAUGUUGAUUGAUUCUCAUCCAAUUUCAAGGUAUUCGAUAGACACUCGAGCUUUAUCAUCGUUCCAGCACUAUCCACUUAUAUAAUCUCUGGUUAUGCAGGUCAAAGGAGUUACCACUUUCAAUAUAUUAGUAGUUAGUAUUUGUUAGAGUUUCCAUAUACUAGUCUAAACUCUCAAGUUUCUUAUAUGUUCUACAUCAAAGAAUAAACUACAUUCUUUGUACAUAAUAAAGGACAAUUUCCUUUCA